AAUCGCGAUGACUGAUACCAAGUGGUAGCGUGUUUCUCUCAUUGUGCGACGGUAAUCGCAACUUUUACAGAUGAUAUAGGACGAGCAGAGUAAUAUAAACUCUUUUCCGUAUCUACGGUGUAUUUGCGUCAAGCACCAAUUAUUAACAAUAGUAGGCGAUAAAGCAAUCAGAAGGCUGUGAGCAGCUUCGGGCUUGAAGGCCUGCUUGGUGGGUGUGUGAGAAGAUUCGCCAACAAAGUGACUGACAACCGUCUUACUACCAGAUCAUCACAAAAAGUACUUACCAUAAACAACUGGUUCCACCGCAAUGUCCCCACCACCACCGUCAGGACCGCCACCGGUUAGGCAGCAUGGCGACGCUCCUGCCGGAAACUAUUUGGACAAUUUCAAGAACCUACUCGGACCCGGCAUGAGUGACCUGACGGACAUGACCAAACACUACGGGCCGGCCUUUCCCUACCCGAAGGACAGCCACAUGACACCGGCCGAGCUGAAGAAGCUGGUGAUGGCUAGCGAGCGGAUUCAGACCUUGAUCGAGAAGGAGUCAGGAGGCGAUUCGAAGAAGAGAGCGGAGCUCGUGAGCAACGUCAAAGCGAUUCUGGACGAAAUAGGACUGGAUGAAAGUCUACCAAUCAUUCGGACGUUGGGUACGAUCCUGAACUUCAUCUUCGGCCGGAUCCUCAGUGGGAUGCACGUGAAUGAAACCAAGCUGCAGCAGUUGAAAUCAAAAUUCGGCAACCAGACGGUGCUGUAUCUGCCGAGCCACCGAAGCUACGGCGAUUUCAUCCUCAUGUCGUACGUGUCGUUCUGCUACAACAUUGCCAUCCCGGGAAUCGCCGCUGGCAUGGACUUCCACUCGAUGGCCUUCAUGGGCAGCAUCCUGCGGAGCACCGGAGCGUUCUACAUGCGACGUACUUUCGGCAACGAUGCCAUCUAUUGGGCCGUGUUCAAGGAGUACAUGCGUCAGCUGGUGCGGGUGUUCGACAACGGGGUGGAAUUCUUCGUCGAGGGAACCCGCAGCAGGAGCAACAAGGCGCUGACUCCAAAAAUCGGGCUACUAUCGAUGGCACUGGAACCACUGUUCAUGGGCGAGAUUCCGGACGUGCUGGUGGUGCCGGUUAGCGUGUCGUACGAUAGACCGUUGGAGGAACAGCUGUUUGUGUAUGAACUGAUUGGGGUUCCGAAGCCUAAGGAGUCCACCAAGGGUCUACUGAAAGCCAUGAGCAUUCUAAAAGAGAACUACGGAUCUAUCUACUUUGAAUUUGGGGAACCGAUUUCGGUAAAGGAAUACUUCGGUCAUGAGCUCAAUCGGUUCCAGCACGCAAUCAAUCCAACUCAUAUCCAGACACUGUCCAAGUCGGAACUGGGAAUGAUUCAGAAUCUCGCAUUCGAUGUGGUACAUCUGCAACAGCAGAAGAUUGUCCUAACCACGUUCCAUCUGAUAUCGAUCUACUACAACUAUAAGAAGUAUCUUGGGCAAUCGGUCACGCUUCCAGAUUUGGUGGAAGGUCUAAGCAAUUUAUUGGAUAUUUUCAAGGAUCUUGGAGCGGUUACGACCAUUCAGAAGACCGGAAAUCCAGAACUGGACAAUCACCUAAUACGAACGAGUGUCACGGAAGCUCUGGCAGUCCAUCGAAACAUCCUCCAACUGACCCGGGAUGAGGUGCUCACUAUAGCAAAAUCCCAUCACGACUUCAGCCAAGUCGACAAACGGAAACUAAAAGGACACAACCUAUCAGAUGUGGUGAUGAAACUGUCGCUGCCAAUUUUCACUCUCCAGCUGUACUGUAAUCCGUGUCUCCACUGGCUGGCUCAACCGGCGUUGAUUUUGCUGGUUGUCAAACAUCUUUCCCGAAGCGGACUAGUGCGAUUGGACAGUUUGAAGCAAUCGAUUGAAGAGCUGCGUAACCUCUUCGCCGGAGAGUUUGUCUUCCAUGCAAGGCGGCAACAGCAGGACUUUGAUCAGGCCUUGAGGCAUCUUGUUGAAGCUGGUCUCCUGGAGCGAGUUGUAGACGAUAUGGCCGUUCGAUUAUCUGGCAACAUAGAUAGUGAGCACAUCUAUCUCAGCUUGAUUGGACCAUUCCUCUGCUGCUACUUGCAGGUCACUACCGUAUUGAUGAAUCAGUUCUACAACUCUACAUUCAAAGAGAAAGACUAUCUCUCCAAGGUGCAGGAAUUCGUGGAGCAGCUUCUUCUAGGGAAGGAGAAAAACGUCCACCCGUAUUGCCUCUCGCUAGACAGUAUCAAUCUGGCCCUUCAUUCUCUAGUCGGCCUCGAUGCCAUCAGCAAGUCGAAAGAAAACAAUGCCGCAAUCUUCACGAUCGACCCGAUCCGCAUCCGGUCGCUGAAUAGCACUCUCCGGUUGUACUGCGAUCUGCUUCCGUUCGAAUACCUCACCUUCCAGGGGGCCGUCACCGAGGCCAAGUUGUAGAAUUUGCUUCCCCGGCCAGCCGAUCUGGUGUCUCGGGUGCUUGGCCCACCGAGAAACUUCUUCCAGCUGGUCCGCCUGCUGUUGGCCAUCGUGCUGCGGGUGCUUCAGAGUAUUCUACGCUUCGGUAGGCUCAUCGGUCUCAAGAUCUUUGAGAUGGUUGUGCCACCGGCGAUCCGUUGGAAAUAGUUUCCACAGAACAUUUCCAUAACCAGGGUUGAGGGUAGCAAGCUGUCGAAAAUGGUAAGUCGGGCAGCGACCUCACACUGCUUUAUAGGAAAAACCAUCAAUUCAAACAAGUCAGACAUAUUGUAUAAGAAUAACUAUAAAGUCUCUUAACGCUAAAACUAACUAUCGAUUGUGGGUAGAAGUGCAGUUAUUUUUUUUUUAACAUGUUGGUUAGUCCUCAGUAGAAACAUAUGCAUGCAUCUGUGUUAAUGUUAUUGUGUAGCGGGUUUUCAAGCUGUAUUGCUCAUAAGGUAUAAAAUUGUGUCAUAUGAUAAAAAUUAAAUUGUUUAAACUAUUUUUA